AUGAAGAAGAAGUUAAGGAAGGAGACGAAGUCAUGGACGGAGAAGAUGUUAGAAGUUAAAGAUGGAGAAGAUGCUUUGGAUGGAGAAGAAGUUAAGGAAGGAGAAGGAGUUAGGGAAAGAGAGGAAGUUAAAGAAGGAGAAGAAGUUAAGGAUGGAGAAGAAGUUUGGGAUGGAGAAGAAAUUUGGGAUGGAGAAGAAGAUGGAGAAGAAAUUUGGGAUGUAGAUGAAGUUAAGGAAGGAGAAGAAGAAGUUAAGGAUGGAGAAGAAGUUAAGGAUGGGGAAGUAGUUUGGGAUGGGAAAGAAGUGAAGGAAGGAGAAGAAGUUAGGAAAGAAGAAGAAGUUUUGGAUGGAGAAGAAGUCAAAGAUAAAGAAGAGAUUAUGGAUGGGGAAGAAGUUAAGGAGGGAGAAAUGAUUAUUAUGGAUGGAUAA